CGGAACAUUUUCUGAACGGAACAGUGAUGAGAUGCACCGCAAACACUUCCUAAUAACACAGCUCGAUCAUUCAUUACAUUUAAAACGAACCAAAACAUUCCACUUUUUUAUGUAGCUUUGGCAUAUGGCUUCAACCAUGAUUCCGUACACUGUCAAUAUUAAAUUGGCUGCAAGAACACUGACCGGAACCGUUAAUUUACAGAACAAGACAGCAGUGGACUGGGGAUGGCAGGGUCUGAUCGCUCAAGGCUGUCACUCUAGUAUCCUCAUCAUUGACCCAAAUACAGCUCAGACCAUUCAGGUCCUGGAGAGACACAAAGCCAAUGUGGUCAAGGUCAAAUGGUCCAGAGAAAACUACCACCACAGUCUCAGCUCACCCUACUCUCUGCGUCUGGCAUCUGCGGAUGCGGCAGGGAAGAUCAUUGUGUGGGAUGUGGUGAGUGGUAUGGCUCACUGUGAGAUCCAGGAACACACCAAACCUAUUCAGGAUAUGGACUGGCUGUGGGCUCAGGAUGCUUCACGUGAUCUUCUUCUGGCUGUCCACCCUCCCAACUAUAUUGUUCUGUGGAAUGGAGACACUGGGACCAAGCUGUGGAAGAAGAGCUAUGCUGAGAACAUCCUGUCUUUCUCCUUUGACCCCUUUGAGCCCUCCAAUCUGGCAUUGCUGACCAGUGAGGGUAUAGUGUUCAUCACAGAUUUCUCUCACUCUAAACCGCCGGGCAGUGGAGGCAAGAAGGUUUAUAUUGCCAGUCCUCAUUCCAGCCCCGCCCAUAGCAAACCUGCUGCGGCUCAACCCACCGGUGCCAAAAAAGCCCUCAAUAAGGUCAAAGUGCUCAUCACCAAUGAGAAACCCACGGCUGAAGCAGUGACUCUUAAUGACUGUCUCCAACUGUCAUACCUGCCAUCUAAGAGGAACCACAUGCUGCUGUUGUACCCCAGAGAGAUCCUCAUCCUAGACUUGGAGCUCAGUCAGACCGUUGGAGUGGUCGCCAUCGAGCGCUCCGGUGUGCCUUUUAUACAGGUGAUUCCUUGUGCCCAGAGAGAUGCUCUCUACUGCCUCCAUGAGAAUGGUUGCAUCACACUGCGUGUGUGUCGCUCCACAACACCUUCUCCUAAUGAAACAGGCAAGACAGGCCUUGUUCCUUCACAACUGUCCUUCAGUCUGGGGGUGGGGCAUUCAAUGACUGAUCCAGAGCAGAAUGUACAAGAGUUGGUAUAUGAUCUCCGCUCCCAGUGUGACGCCAUCCGUGUGACUAAGACCGUGCGGCCCUACCGAGUGGUGAUCUGUCCUGUCAAUGAGAACAGUGCCGCCCUGGUGGUCAGUGAUGGAAGGGUGAUGCUUUGGGAGCUCAAAGCUCAUCCCAGUAAAUCUUCAUCCAAUCUGAGUUCUGGCUUGCCUCCUUUGUAUUCUCCUGUGAAUUUCUGUGGGACACCUUUACGUCAGAAUCAGAAAUGCAUCCCGGAUCUUUCCCUGAAUACAAUGAUCGGUCACAGUCUGAUUUCUGGAGUGGACUCCCCACGACCCCAGGCAGAUCAACAGGAAGUACAUCUGAAAUUCCUGUUGACAGGGCUGUUGUCUGGCCUGCCCUUGCCUCCCUUCUCCCUCCGGAUGUGUCCUCCGCUCACCACCAAGAAUAUCAACCACUACCAACCCUUACUGGCCGUGGGUACAAGCAAUGGCUCUGUGCUGGUGUACAACUUGACCAGUGGCCUCCUGCACAAAGAGCUGAGUGUCCAUUCCUGUGAAGUCAGAGGAAUCGAAUGGGUUAGUUUGACUAGUUUUCUGUCCUUCGCCACCUCUGUUCCUAAUAACCUUGGACUUGUGAGGAAUGAACUGCAGCAUGUGGACUUGCGCACAGGCCGGUGCUUUGCAUUUCGAGGUGAGCGUGGGAAUGAUGAACCAGCCAUUGAAAUGAUUAAAGUGUCACAUCUGAAGCAGUACCUGGUGGUGGUGUUCAGAGAUAAACCUCUGGAACUCUGGGAUGUCCGCACAGGAACCUUGCUGCGUGAGAUGGCCAAGAACUUCCCUACUGUCACUGCCCUGGAGUGGUCUCCUUCGCAUAACCUGAAAAGUCUGAAGAAAAAGCAGAUUGCUGCACGCGAGGCCAUGGCCAGACAGACCACCCUCGCUGAUGCAGAGCAGAGCAGUGUGGAGUCCUCCGUUAUCAGUAUGUUGCAGGAUGCUGAGAGUAAGUCUGAAAUGAGUCAGGGCAUAUCGGCUCGAGAACACUUCGUGUUUACUGACACAGACGGCCAGGUCUAUCACAUCACCGUGGAAGGCAACACCGUGAAAGAUGGGGCACGUAUUCCACCUGAUGGCAGUAUGGGGAGUAUUGCCUGCAUUGCAUGGAAAGGAGACACUCUAGUUCUGGGAGAUGUAGAUGGAAACCUCAAUUUUUGGGACCUAAAGGCCCGUCUUUCAAGAGGUGUACCUACACACCGGGGAUGGGUGAAGAAGAUUCGUUUUGCUCCAGGCAAAGGCAACCAAAAGCUCUUGGUGAUGUACACAGAUGGAGCUGAGGUCUGGGAUACCAAAGAGGUGCAGAUGGUGAGCAGCAUUAGAGUGGGGCGGAACGUGAAUUAUAGGAUUCUGGAUAUCGACUGGUGUACGUCAGAUAAAGUGGUGCUGGCAUCAGAUGAUGGCUGCGUGAGAGUGCUGGAGAUGGCCAUGAAGUCUGCCAGUUACAGAAUGGAUGAGCAGGACCUGACAGAUCCAGUAUGGUGUCCCUAUCUUCUGCUGCCACGUGCUGCUCUCACACUGAAGGCCUUUCUGCUGCUGCAGCCGUGGUCUGAUACAUUCACCAUGGACAUCACUCACAUAGACUACAUAGAGAAAGAUGAAAUCAAGGGACUGAUCCAGGAACAGCUCAACUCUCUUUCUAAUGACAUCAAAAGCGUUCUCCAGGAUCCAAAUCUGAAUUUGCUACAACGCUGCCUCCUUGUGUCUCGGCUGUUUGGUGAUGAAUCAGACCUUCAGUUCUGGACGGUAGCUGCUCAUUACAUCCAGUCCUUUUCCCAGAGCUCCCAGCCCAGCGGAUCUGCCCCAGAAGGCCAAACAGCAGCUGAGGGUCCCCAGAGCACCCCUGGCAGCCACCUGGACAUCUGCCAUGACACCCUGUGUGAAAGCUCCUUCUUCCAGAGGUUUCAGCUGGAGCGAGUUCGUCUGCAAGAAGUGAAAAGGUCCAGCUAUGAACACACUAAAAAGUGUGCUGACCAGCUGCUGCUGCUGGGACAAACGGACCGUGCGGUGCAGUUGCUCUUGGAGACCAGUGCAGAUAACUCCAGCUACUACUGCGACUCUCUGAAAGCCUGUCUGGUGACCACCAUCACCUCAUCCGGCCCGUCUCAGAGCACCAUUAAACUGGUGGCCACAAACAUGAUCGCCAAUGGCAAGCUGGCAGAGGGUGUGCAGUUGCUCUGCCUGAUUGACAAAGCGGCGGAUGCUUGUCGUUAUCUGCAGACAUAUGGAGAGUGGAACCGUGCUGCCUGGCUGGCGAAGGUGCGUCUGAACCCAGCAGAAGGUUCAGAUGUGCUGAAGCGCUGGGCGGAGCAUCUGUGUUCUCCUCAGGUUAAUCUGAAGUCAAAGGCCAUCCUGGUCCUGCUCUCAUUAGGAUGCUUUCAAAAAGUGGGCGAGAUGCUCCACAGCAUGAGAUAUUUCGACCGUGCUGCACUCUUUCUCGAAGCCUGCUUGAAAUAUGGUGUGAUGGAGACAAAUGACGACGUUAAUAAGCUCAUAGGUGCAGCCUUUGUGGACUACGCUAAACUGCUUCGCUCCAUCGGGCUGAAACAGGGCGCCGUGCUUUGGGCGUCUCGGGCGGGAGAGAGAGGGAAGCAGCUGCUGGAUGAGCUUUCCCAAACAGAGGGUAUGGGGCCAGAGCCCAGUCCCAGCGAGGAGGAGGACGACAGACCUCUUGUGAACAUAGAAUGACUUGCCAGUGGGGAAGAAGAGGAAAACCAUAAAAUUCAAGAUUCAUAAUAUCUUCAAAUCUCGUCCUUAUCACACCCACAAGCAUGCUAGUAAUCAUCAAACACAAACACAUCUUUUCAUGCAGUUUCAAGUGGUUUGUCUGGUUCAUAGUUGUCUUCUCCGCUGGUUGUCAGGUGUGUUGUGUCCGAAAACAUUCCCGUUAUCCUGCUGUAAUGUAUUCCAAACCUGUUCUUGCACUUAGUUUAUCGACCAAAUAUAUAUUUUCAUAGUGAUUUAAAACAAACCAAAAAAUAAAUAAAUAAUGACAAUAAUUAAUAAAACAUUUUAAGAACCUUUAAAAUUGAUUAUUAUAUGUUUGACACUAAAUAUGCCUAUACUUUCAGAUUAUGGAACCAUUUUAAACCAUUAAACAAAACAUAAUUAGGGUGAAUUAUGACCCUGACAUAUUCUUUAAAGGUUUCAUGAGCAUCACUGUAAGUUACAUAAAUGGUUAUUAUAUGGUUAUUUGAUAGUUACAUGGUUAAAAUUUAAAUGAAAAACAACAAAUUCAUAACUCAUCCACUCCUCUGUGUGAUGUAAUUCAGAUGAGUGCUGUUCCUUCAGUAAUGUUGUAUAUGCCUUUCAUUGAUUGUUUGUGGUUUGUUGGCUGUAUUCAUGUAAUAUAGAAUAAACCCCUAUUUUUCCUCUCAGCCAUUAACUUAAUUGUGUAGUUGGAUUGCACUUGUUCAUGCAGUUGUUUUGUGUUUUGAGUUUGAUGCAGUGUUUUGUUUGUAUGAUGUUUCCACGUAGCUUCAGAUCUCAGAGAGUUGCUGUUUUUGGAUAUUGUCCUGUUGAAAUGAGAUGUGACUACAAACACUUCAUGUUUGUGACACCACCUUUGUGUCCGAUAUAAAAAUGGAAUUUUUUUUUUUUUUUCUUCUUUUUUUAAUGAGUAAUUCAUGUGUUGAAUUAUGAUUAUUGCCUUGUUUUGGUAUGAUUGUGAGUAAUGAUUCAUGACUUUAUCAUUUAAAUGUUCCUAUUUAAACAUUUGUAAUUAAUGUCCCAGGUGUUUGAGCUUACUGUAUGGAUAUACUGCAUGUAUAUAUGCAAAGUAAUAAAUUCAGCCUGUACCAUC